AUGACUGUUGCUGUGGAUAGGUGCAAAAGUGAUGCAAAAGUCAUGAAUACCGGACAUCUUCUUCGUUUCCUUAGCACUGGAGACAAACUUGCUCCUGGAAAUAAUGGUUUGAAAGACCAAGUCGAGCUAUUGAAAUGGGUCAAAAAUAAUAUUGAAGCUUUCGGGGGUGAUCCGAAUUGCGUAACCCUAGAGGGGUAUAGUGCAGGUGGUUGGAGUAAUGUUCUGCAUAUGGUUUCUCCCAUGUCUCAAGGAUUAUUCCAUAAAGUCAUAUCCAUGAGUGGAGCUCCCCUAGGGAUUUGGCCCAUUCCAAGACAUCAGCUUGAUUUGGCUAAGAAACAAGCUCAACUUGUUGGAUGUCCUGAUGAUACUUCUGAAAAUAUAGUUAAAUGUUUGAAAACUGUGCCUGCUGAACAAUUAGGCGAAUCUCUAUCUGGAUUCACGGAAUUUGGAUGGGAUCCCAUUCUUAGGUGGUCUCCUGUUAUUGAAGGUGAUUUUGGACAAACAAGAUUUUUGACAGAUGAUCCCGCUAUUCUCAUCAAACAGGGAAAACUUCAAAAAGUUCCAUUUAUGACCGGUCAAACAAAAGAUGAAUUACUUGCUAGUGCAUAUGCUGUUGUGAAGAAUGCUACUCUGACACGAGAAAUUAAUAACGAUUUUGAAAAGAUCGCACCCAUUGCCUUUCUCUACGAAAGGAAUACUACUCGAUCCAGAGAAGUGAGUAGGGCUAUCAGGAAAUUUUAUCUCCGAGACAUGCCUGUAAAUGAAUCACAACUGGAUAAUCUCGCGAAGCUCUACACCGAUGCAAUAAUGGGUUUACAAGUGAAUCGAGCAGCAAAAUUAGUUUCCAAGUAUGGCACGAUGCCUGUGUACUAUUAUUGCUUUACGUUCCAAGGACGCUACAGUCACUUCUAUCUUCCCGGAACAAAUACGGUGCCAGGUGGAGUAGUUCAUCACGAUGACUUGAUUUAUAUGUACUAUAUUCAAGUACUCUUUCCCAGAUUUGGAGAAGAGUCGCCACUUCCUGAAAUAGAUAUGGUGGAGAAAUUAACAACCCUACACGCAAAUUUUGCUAGAACCAGCAACCCCACCCCAGGAGUAGAUAAAAAGCUGAAUAACGUCCAAUGGGAUCGUUUCACAAUGGAUUCUCAGAAAUAUCUAGAUAUCGGGAACACACUAAGAAUGAAGGAAAGGUUAUUUGAUGAUCGUUUUCAGUUCUGGGAUAAAUUGUACCCCCUUUGAACAAAAAGUUUUCACUUGUUUACAUUGUUAAAG